GCGCACGAAAAACAGGCUCCAAAUCCCAAAAUUGCGCAUCAUUUUCUGGUCGUUUGAAUCAGCGGGGUAAGGGCUCUUUCAUCACCCGCCCGGCCUUUUCCUAUAAAGCCCGCGUCCCCCGCUCCGCCACUGCCUUUCUUCUUCCGCAUCCCAUCUCUUCACCACUUCUCUACUUUACCAACAACAACUUCUUCUCAUUCUCAGCAAUGGCCCGUACCAAGCAGACCGCUCGCAAGUCCACCGGUGGAAAGGCUCCCCGUAAGCAGCUCGCCUCCAAGGCCGCUCGCAAGUCCGCCCCCUCCUCCGGCGGUGUCAAGAAGCCCCACAGAUACAGACCCGGUACCGUCGCUCUUCGUGAGAUCCGUCGCUACCAGAAGUCGACUGAGCUUCUCAUCCGCAAGCUCCCCUUCCAGCGUCUCGUCCGUGAGAUCGCCCAGGAGUUCAAGACCGACCUCCGCUUCCAGUCGUCGGCCAUCGGUGCCCUCCAGGAGUCCGUCGAGGCCUACCUCGUCUCCCUCUUUGAGGACACUAACCUCUGCGCCAUCCACGCCAAGCGUGUCACCAUCCAGGCCAAGGACAUCCAGCUCGCUCGUCGUCUCCGUGGCGAGCGCUCAUAGAUUCCUAUCUUAGUUUUUGUAUUUUAGUAAUGGCUUUGUUCGGGUUGAAUAGGUGUUUUUAAACGCUGGUGGCUGCCGUGUACAUUAGGUUUCUUUCAAUAUACGGGUUUUAGUGAUUAUUAUGAAUAUCUGUUGAGUCUCCUUUAUUGUCGGCUUUCGCGCGGUCGCCACUGGUGCUUUUAUUUGUUAUUUGGUCUUGUUAUUGUUAUUGUUACUACCCGGUCGUAUAAUCUCGUGCUGCUUAUAAAUAUUACAUUCCUAUCCUUUA